CUACAAGCCUCAUAUUUCUUUUUCCUUCUAAUUUCUAUCGACAUAAAAUAAUUAAAUCAAAUAAAUAAAAUAUUUUCUGCCAUGUAUGCAGUUCCAAUUUGAGCACAUUUAAUUUAAAAACUACUGUUCCUAAAACGGCUGUAGCUAUUCUCUGAAUCUCUGCAUCCAGUCUAUUUUCCUUCUAUAUAGUCCCAUUUUUUAUGAUUCUUUCUCUACCGAAGAUAAAUAAAUUCUCACUAUAUAAAACCCAAAAAAGAAUCCAAAAAAUCAAAAUAAAUUAAAUUAGAGAAAACACCCCACUUAUCAAAGGUGGCGAACGGACGCGACUACGGCGAUCACGCCAGAUUUCCGGCUACGUGGAGCAGAGAAACCGCCACCUCCGCCGCCGCGAGUCCGAUGUCAUACUUCCACAUGCAACAGCCACAACAAUCGGAUUACCUGCUUUCAGCUGUGGUGGCGGCGCCGCCGUCUGAGAUGUCGGCUAUGGUGACAGCGCUGACCCACGUGGUGUCUAGUCAGCAGCAAAACGGCGGCGGAAUCUCCUCGUCUUAUGGUGGUGGCGGCGGUGGGGAUUUUGUCCAAGCCUCCAUUAAUUCUCCUUCCUCUGCUUACUCGUCUUCGAGUUCCGCCUCGGCUAGCGGCCGGAAAAGGAGGCACGAUCGAGAGGAUUGCGCGGCGGAGUUUUCUGAGAAUUUUUAUUCGUUUAGAGCUGCUAAAUCAGAGCCAGCGGCAGCCGCCGCGGAACAAACGCCACCACCGGAGUCCUCCUCCUCCACUGCCUCCUACCCAGAAACCGGAGAAAGACGGCGGCGAUACAGAGGCGUCCGCCAACGACCGUGGGGAAAAUGGGCGGCCGAGAUACGAGACCCACAGAAAGCCGCCAGAGUGUGGCUCGGCACCUUCAACACGGCGGAGGACGCCGCCCGAGCAUACGACGAGGCGGCGCUGCGCUUCCGAGGCAGCCGAGCCAAACUCAACUUCCCGGAAAACGUCCGCAUCCUGCCGCCGCCUCAGCCUUCCCAAUAUUCCACACAAUUCACCAUCUCCGCUCCUCCGCCGCCCCCCACCGCCGCCGCGCCACAGCAGUCGUUUUUUCAAACUGCCGGUAGUGACUACUUGGAAUACUCGGAGCUGCUCGGGAGCAGGGGCGAUCUGCAAUUAGGGCAUCCGCCGGCGACGCUGUUUGAGAAUAUGUUGUAUGCUUCGUCAUUGGCUGGUUUGUAUUCACAUUAUUCUUCUUCUGUUUCUUCGUAUCAAGAAGAAGGCGUCAGCGGCAGUAGAAGUUUUCCGGCACCGCCGUGGAAUUCGGGGUUCUAUCCUCCUUCCUACUCAUAAUGUGUAUUUCAAUUCCUUUUUUUUCCCCUUAAUAAUAUUCUUUUUUCUUGGUCAUAAAAAGGAAUAUACAUGUUUAAUUUUUGUAA